AGACAUCUAUGAAAAUGACUAAAUGAACACAUGUAGUAAAAACAAGUUCGCCCAUAUGCUACCAAUUUCAACCAAUAAACUAUAAAAAAACAAAAUAAUACCGGUAUAUGAGUAAGUAUAUUCAUUUAAAGAAGCGGUUCAUAAUGCAACAUUCUUCCAUCUUUCAAUUUUUAUGUCAAAAAGUUAAAGUAUCAAUAUUGACUACAAAUAUCAGAAGUCACUAAGACCUGUCUUUAAUGGCGUCCAGUACAGGUACAUAUUGUGACAUUUGUCAGAACAGACAUAUAUCUAAGGCGGCAGAGGAAUAUUGUCCUGUCUGUGAAGAAGCCUUAUGUACUGAUUGUAAUGAUCAUCACAAACUAGCAAAGGCGUCAAAAAGUCACCAGGUUAUCUCGAUAGAUGAGUAUAGCAAGUUGCCUCCCUUCAUUCGAGAGAUCAAGCAACAUUGUGACGUACAUGGUGAUAGGUUUGAAUUUUUCUGUCCAGUGCAUAACGAGUUGUGCUGUAAAAGAUGCAUUACUACAACUCAUAGCGAGUGUAAAGGAUCAAAAGUUUUAGAAGAUUUUGUUGAAUUUUCGAAAUCUUCCGCGGCUAUUAACGAAUACGAACAAACUUUGAAAGAUGUUGAAAAGAAUAUUCAAACUGCGAUCGUUGAUAGAAAAAAUAAUCUUGAGAAAUUCGAAAAACAGAAACAGGCUAUCAGAACACAAAUCAAGGAUAAAAGGGCUGAAAUCAACAAGCACUUAGACAACCUUGAAGCCAAAACAAUGAAUGAACUUUCUGUUAUUGAACGUGAAAAGAAACAAGACGUCAUUUCAGUUAUUGAACAAUUAGAAGCUAAGAAGUACGACAAUAUACAACUCAGAAUAGAUGUAGAUGCAAUGAAAAAGUACGGAUCUAAUAUACAAGUGUUUAUGGGAACAACAAAACUUCUGCAACCCGUAUUAAGUCAAGAGAAAUUCGUCCGAUCAUUGCAAAACGAUGAGAGUUUACGUUUUAUCAACUUUGAAUGCUCAAUUAGUGAAGAGUUGAAUGGUAUCUUGACAGGAGUUCGUUCAUUCGGUGUGCUCACACCAACAACUUCUGAAUCGCGUGUCCGAUUCAGCUGGGAAAGUGACAAAUCAGCUCAGAUACUUUCUUCGCCGACAUAUAUGCAUAGUAUUGACAAUAUUAACACUAACCUGAUAUGUAAGAUAGAUGUCAGUGCCUUUACAACGAUAACAUCCUGUCUUGUCGGCAAAUAUGUUAUGUUCUCAAAUUUAAAAUCCAGGUUGUCUGCAGGUUGUUUAUUGCAGUAUGAUGGAAAAGGGAAAUAUUUGAAAGAAAUAGAGCUGAAAAAAUCACAUGCGUUCUGUACCUUAUUCCUCGAUUCCGAAACCGUUGCUGUUACCGGUGGUGGUUACGAUUUUAAAAUUCACAUAGUUGAUGUAGCAACAUUGCAAGUGAAAAAAAUUAUACAUGUUGGAAAACAAAAUUGGAUAUAUGGAGCGACCUACAAUAAAAAUGAAUCCAUUAUAAGUUGCAUGCAUGACAACUCAAUAAAGAUGUUUAACAUUGCCAACAACACAGCUGUAAAAGCAUCAACUCUUCCUUUCAAAACUAAAUCUACAACUUUCAGUUAUCUUGUCUCCAAUGACCAUUAUUUUUAUCAUUCUGAUAACAUUCACCAUUCUGUUACAUGUUAUGAAAUCAAAGGGAAAGUAAUAUGGUCAUUCAAGGAUGCUGUAUUAAAGGAACCUCGUAGUCUAUGCUUGGAUUCAGAUUCAAACGUUUAUGUAGCAGGAAGUGCCUCAAACAAUGUUGUAGUUAUUUCAUCAGAUGGAUUACAUUCAAAACAAUUGCUUGGAGCAGACGAUGGCAUGAAAGCUCCGCAUGCCAUUCAUUACGACAAAACAAGUAAUAGAUUACUGGUUACUAAUAUGCAUGGUCCAGCAUUUCUAUAUCAAGUUUUGAAAUAA